AUGGCACCCACCGAGGCUACAAUCCUGCAAAACUACCUCCUCCUACCCGCGCGCCUGCCUUCGAUCAUCUCGCUUGAACAAUUCACCUCGUACUUCCCCAAGUCGCAACAGUCGUCGCCGCAGAUCCGAGCCCUAUACCGCGACUUACAACAGCAGCGCAAUGCCGUUGUUGACUCUGUAGCUCAGAACAUAGACUCGGAGGUCAAGCUAGGCAGGUCGUUGCGACGGGCAGUUGCCCAGGCACGCAGAGAGACAGAGGAGGAAGAGCAAGACGAUGAAAUUGACAUCGAGAGAAAUCUCUUUGGUUUCACCUCGAACACCAUCCUGCCAAAGAAGCACAACUUGACCACGAUCCUCCCCGAAAUGGAAAGCGCAGCCAACGACAUUGAACAAGAAACACGGAAACUGGAAGAGGAAGAGGCGGCAUUACUCGAAUCUGUAAAGCAAACCGUCGGUGGCAUGAGCGACCUUCGAUACGGCCGUCUUGCGAAUUCAAAGCUCCGAUAUGAAGUACUUGAAGGUUUGAACGCCAUUCAAGAAGUGUGCAAACGAAAGUUAUGA